UCCUCAUAUAUUACCCAAUUACUUCUAUACUCCAACGUGCAUGUGUGGUUCAUAUCACUUUGACCAUAUUUCUUUGAUUAAUUAACAAUAGUCAAAAAAAAAACAAAUAAUCAACAUGAUGUUGCUCUUUUCUCCCUUUUCUUUUUCACCCUUCCAUUCUCCUUUUCUCCUUCAUCCACUAGUAUGAUCCAUUCUAUCAAAUAUACACUAAAAACCUAGCAAAAUCCUUAUAGAAAUUAACAAAAAUCUUGACAUGUCUAAUGAUCAAAGAGCUCUAGUCUUAUCAAGCACCACCACCACCAACAACAAUAAUAAUAGUAGAGAAAAUGAUCAUGAAGAUCAUGAUUAUGACGAUCAGGAUCAGAAUCAGAAUCGUCGAGAUGAUCAUAUCAGAGAUAUCCAUGCUCUAACACCACCACAACCACCAGUACCACCACUCACCACGAAUAUUAAUCGUGCAGGACGAAGAAGGGAAGCUUGGGAAACAAGUAGCCAUAGAUCAUCAUCUUUGUCCUCAGAAUUAGGAGGAGUUCCAAGUGAGAAUUUUACAACAAUGAGUAGAGAGUUCAAUGCUUUGGUACUUGCUGGAUCAUCUACUAGCAACAACAACAACAACCAGAAUAAUAAUGGUACAAGUCAUGAAGUUGAAGGUACAAUCAAUAAUAAUUUAGGAAGGAUUUUCGAAGAGGAGACUAUAGUUGAAGAAAAUAAUCCUUUAGCUAUUGUAGCAGAUAAUAAUAAUAAUAACAACAACAAUAAUAAUAAUAAUAAUGUUUAUUUGAACCCUAGUACUCCUUCUCCUAAUAAUGAUCAUUUGAGUGGAACUAGUCAACAAGGUGAAGUGAUUGUACAUAGAGUGAAGAAAGAGGAAAUUGAAUCAAAGAUUAGUGCAUGGCAAACUGCAAAAAUUGCAAAGAUUAAUAAUAGGUUUAAGUGUGAAGAUGCUGUGAUUAAUGGAUGGGAAAAUGAAGAAGUUCAAAAGGCUACUUCUUGGAUGAAGAAAGUUGAGAGAAAGUUAGAGGAGAAAAGAGCAAAAGCACUAGAAAAGAUGCAAAAUAAUAUAGCAAAUGCAAGAAGAAAAGCAGAAGAAAGAAGGGCAUCAGCAGAAGCAAAAAGAGGAACAAAAGUAGCUAGGGUUCUUGAAUUAGCCAAUUUAAUGAGAGCUGUUGGUAGAGCUCCAACAAAACGUUCCUUCUUUUAAAUUUACAAAAGAAAAAAGUGUGUUCUAGAUAAUUGUUGCUUUGUACUUUGUUAUAUCUAGCUUCUACUUAGAGUAACGGAUUCAGAAUUUAAAUAUAUUACGAGUCUGAGUAGAGCGAGUGCAUGUGUUUUGAAAUGUAUAUAUAGUUCUCCUAUCGGUUCAUUUUGGUUCUAUC